AGAGAGUUCGGUUCUUUGGUUGUUCACAAGUCCUCGGUAGUAUAGUGAUCGUCGAAUACACCAAUGUUACACCAAAGCCUUCGUCGGACACUUGUGGAUUAUCUAUAAAGUUUCAUACCACUUUUUUGUGUAUAGACGUCUGCAUUAAGGAAAAAGAACUCUGGGAACUUAAAAUUGAAGUUGUUUAUAGUCUCCAAAGGACGUAACAAACAAUCGAGUGUAACAAUAUGGGCAAUCACAAAUUCGGAUAUGAACAGUUACAUACGCCAAAAAGUUUAUGAAUGGCUUCUGAUGAUUACUUCGAACAGAACAUUAUUUGACCAACAGCAAUACGAAAAAUCCCACAUCAACCCUUCCGUCAAUGAACAGAUCGAAUUCACAACAACGAACAUAGAUAUGGCCGCUGAUACUAGCAGUUUUUUCACCCAGUAUAAUCUAAGCCAAUACAAUAUAACACAGCGAAAUUUGCAAGAAUUUUUGGAAAUACUAAAUAUUUCCAAAUUAAAUUUAUCCAAACCGCAUAUAGCACACAAAUAUAAUAUUGACCCUUGUGCCGAAUAUUGUAGUGGUUCGUUUCAUGAUGCCAUUUCGGGAUACAAAUCCUUUCAUGGUUAUGUGUCGCUCGUGGUAUGCAUAUUCGGAACGAUAGCCAACAUAUUGAAUAUCAUUGUGCUAACACGAAAAGAUAUGAGUAAAACCCCGAUAAAUAUGAUACUAAAAUGGCUCGCUGUGGCUGACAUGUUUGUGAUGAUUGAAUAUAUUCCAUUCUCAUAUUUUCAUUACAUUGCAGCAGAAGGACAUCGAUAUGCUUACUCUAUGGCAACAUUUUUGCUAUUUCAUAUGAAUUUCACGCAAAUUCUACAUACGAUAUCAAUUUCACUGACCGUUACAUUGGCCGUCUGGAGAUACGUAGCGAUAAAACAUCCACACGGAAAGUUUGCCACCCAUUUACUAUCGCAUUGUGGCGAAGCAAUAUUGGUUUCGUUCGUAAUAUCACCAAUCUUAUGUAUGCCAACAUAUUUUGUCUUUAAAGUGAAUGAGAAAUUUAACAACGCUACCUAUUCGAUGACCUAUCUUUUGGAUGCUGAGGAGGAUACAUGGCUGUACAGUGUUAAUUUUUGGGUACACUCUGUGAUAAUAAAGCUUUUACCAUGUUUGGUGUUAACUGUGAUCAGCUUUAUAUUAAUACGAGUGCUGUGUCAAGCUGCUAAGAGGAAAGUCAAGUUGAAGGGGUACAGCCAACCUACACCAAAUAUUUUGAACAGCGGUCAUAGACCUUCGCGUUGCGAGAAAAGAACUGAUCGAACUACUAUGCUGUUGGUGGCCGUCCUACUGCUUUUCCUAAUAACGGAAUUUCCUCAAGGGAUUUUCGGUCUAUUAAGUGGAAUAUUACCAAAGUGCUUUUUUAUACGCUGCUAUCAGUUGUUCGGUGAAUUAAUGGAUUUACUUGCGCUGAUAAAUGCUGCUGUGGGCUUUGUACUGUACGGAUUAAUGUCGAAGCAAUUCCGAACAAGCUUCAAAGCGGUUUUCUUUAAAACGAGACUGUCCAACAUUGAAAUGACUAGAAUAACGGGAUUGAAUACAACGUGCGUUUGACUAAAUGUAUUUUUCUGGAAAAAUAUCGAACAGAAAGAGAACAGUGAAAUGUAAAUUUCUUUUUUUCGUAUUUUGUAAAUAAUCAACGAAAACAAUUUUAAUGAGGUGUUUAAUGAAUUGCAAAAAUAUCUCUCAACGCCAUUUAGAUUCACACAAUUAAUGGGUCGUUGCAUUCAAUUUAAAUAAAUUUUAAUAAUUUCAAUAAAUAAACAAAAUGUGGAGAGAAAAAAAUGAUACGAAUUUACUAAACUGUUAUGGACACAAAUAUGAAUUAUUAUUAAUGUAAAAAAUUAGUCGUAAAAAUGAUUUUUAAUUGUAAAAUGAAAUGUGAAAAAAAAUUAAUUUUGAUGAUAAUAAUACCAGAAAUAUAUUUUUAUAAAAGUUCUCAUUUUGUGAAGGUUUAUUGUAAAAAAAAACGUAUCUAGCUAGCUGUUAAAUACAUCCAAAAUCAAUUACAUUAAGAAUUGUACAUAAUAAUAAUAAAAUCCAAGUCAAUGUUUUUCAAUAACUAAUAACCGUUGUCUUUACACAGGAUUUUUGGUUAUAAUAUCGCUCGUUUUGUAUAAUCAUAGCUGCUAGUGGAUUUCAUUUUUAUUAUGCAUUUAAGAAAAAAAAAGAUAAAAAAUAUAUAUUUAACGAUGUACUUAUAACUAACUAUAUAACUUACUGUUCACAUCUCUAAAUCGGUGUACGUUUCCAAUGAGCCCGAGAAAUGUGCUUCGAUUUACAAAAAACCAAAUAAAUUUCAAUAAAUAAUUGUUUAUGCAA